AUGACAAACAAGGUGACCGGCGGCUGCUACUUGGAAACUCGCAAAGUUUCGGGGAAAGGCCGGAUGUACGUGGACCGAUUCCUCUCCACCGAUAAAUGCCUAAAGAAGAAAAAAAUUGACAAUCCCCAAUUUGAACACAUCACUUUAAGAGGUGCGUCGGAGCAGUGCGGCGGAGCAGUACAGGUGCGUCGGAGCAGUGCGGCGGAGCAGUACAGGUGCGUCGGAGCAGUACAGGUGUGUCGGGUGCGGAGAGGAGCAACGAUAGGAGCAGCGCGGGUGAUUGAGUUGUGGGAGACAAGAGGAGCAGCGGUCGCCGGAGAGGAGAGAAAAAUUGCACAGAGAGAACGUGAAAAUAAGCUGUCGCCGGAGAGGAGAGGAGAGGAGAGGAGAGAGAGCGUGAAAAUGGGGGCAAUGAAAAAAUGA